AUGGCGUGGGAGUUGGCGCUGGCGGUGACAUUGAAGGUGGCUUUUCUGCCUCAGCGCGCGGUUCAGGCCAGUGUGGGGUACGGCGCGCGGACUCCUCGCUGUCAGCUGCCUCCGCGAGCCCCCGACAGCGCCACGUCAACCGGACUGGCAGGCGCGCGGGCGGACAUCGAGAGCGGGUGGCGCAAUGAGAACAUCGAACUGGUUUGCUCUUAUUCGCGGCAGGAAUGUACGGAGAAGCGAACGGUUUCAUCUAGAUCAAUCUGGCAGAGGCUAAGGCGAGCGCUGGACUCGGGGGUACCGCCGGGGGAAGGGCAGGGGCGGCGCGGGGCGACGCAAGGGUGGCGCGGGGGCGACGAGGGGGCGGCGCAGGGUGGAGUGCGGGGCGGGGCGCGAGGCGCGGAGUCCGGGGCUCGGGAUGCGAGGGAGGGGCGCGUGGAGGGCGCGGGGCGAGGCGCGGAGCGAGGUGCGGGGGCGGCGGCAGGCCCACGCCUCCUGUUAUUCAUGGCCUCCUGGUAUCGGCGCGUAGACUGCAUCGGCGGAGGCGCCGCUAAGAAAGGCACAUUGUUGCGAGGCGGUGCUGCUGUAUCGACAAGGCUGCCAACUGCGCCACCAUAUAUAACGCACAGUGCGGCAUUGAGUGCAACUCUCUUACAUCAGCCCCAUUGUGAAGAAAAGAUGGCGUUACGCCACGCCCAAGCGCUGAUGGCGGCGGCGGCGGCGCUGGUGCUGGCGCUGGCGUCGGAUAUGAAUGUUAUCCGAACUGUACUUCAUAAACAACGAAGAUUUACCCUUUGCCAUGGCACAGAAAUGCAAACCUCAGUAAAUUUUGAACUUUUGAUAGACGAGUUUAACGCACAGUCAGCUACAAUGGUGGAGGAUGUCAAAAAAAAAUUCUUUGGUUACAAAUAA